AUGAGAACCUACGAUUACAAGGCAAGCUCCUGGGUGCACAUCUGUGGGGGCUCCAUCAUCCACCCUCAGUGGAUUCUGACUGCUGCCCACUGCAUCCAAAGCCAGGAUGCCGACCCAGCCCUGUUCCGGGUCCAGGUGGUGGAAGUAUACCUCUACAAGGAACAGGACCUUCUGAACAUCAGCAGGAUCAUCAUCCACCCCGAUUACAACCAAUUCAGUAAGAGGUUUGAUGUGGCCCUGAUGCAGUUGACUGCCCACCUGGUCACCUCCACACAUGUCAGUCCGGUCUCUCUGCCAAAUAACAACUCAACCUUCAACUCAACUGACCAGUGUUGGCUGGCUGGCUGGGGCAAUGUUCACCAAAAUGUGGCUCUGCAGCCUCCCUAUCAACUAUAUGAGGUGAAGAUCCCAAUUCAGGAUAACGAGAGCUGUAAGAGGGCUUAUAGGAAGAAAAUUCCUGAUGAAUCCCAAAGUCUGGCCAUCUUUGAAGACAUGCUCUGUGCUGGCACCUUAGGCCGAGGCCCCUGUUUUGGUGACUCUGGGGGUCCCUUGGUCUGCCUGAAGAGCAACAAGUGGGUACAGGUAGGCGUGGUCAGCAUAGGCGUAGAGUGCAGCAACGAUCUGCCGUCAAUCUUUUCGAGAGUCCAGAGCUCCUUAGCCUGGAUCCAUCAGCACAUCUAGUGGACGUGUCUCCCGGCUGCUGCCCAACAUCAGAGACAGCUUCUUGACUCCUCUGAUCUUCCCUUCCUGGACCCUUCCUUGUCCUGCCUUCUUCCCUGGCCUGUCCUUCCCUGCUGACAAGAAUGCCCAGGAAACCCCAGUGUGGGGUUGGGCUGCCUGUGCCUGUAUUUGUCUCAAUAA